ACGGGUGUGAAGAUGGCGGUGGCUGCGUGGCUGCAGGUGGUGCCUGUCAUUCUUCUUCUCCUAGGCGCUCGAACGGCCCCAUUGUCGCUUUUCAGUGUAGGGCCGGCACCUGUCGCUGCUGCCGAGAGGUCCAAGUGGCACAUUCCGAUACCGUCGGCAAAAAAUUAUUUUAGUUUUGGAAAGAUCCUCUUCAAAAAUACCACUAUCUUCCUGAAAUUUGAUGGAGAACCUUGUGAUGCAUCUUUGAAUAUAACGUGGUAUCUGAAAAGUGCUGACUGUUACAAUGAAAUCUACAACUUCAAGUUGGAAGAAGUGGACACAUACUUGGAAAACCUUAAGGAAAAAAAAGGCUUGUCUGGGAAAUAUGAAACAUCAUCAAAAUUGUUCCAGAACUGCAGUGAACUCUUUAAAGCACAGAGCUUUUCUGGAGAUUUUGUGCAUCGAUUGCCUCUUUUAGGAGAAAGACAGGAGGCUAAGGAGAAUGGAACAAAUCUUACCUUUACUGGAGACAAAACUGUAAUGCAUGAUCCAUUGAAAACUUGGCAAGAUGCACCAUACAUUUUUAUUGUACAUGUUGGCAUAUCAUCCUCCAAGGAAUCAUCAAAAGAAAAUUUACGAAGUAAUCUUUUUACCAUGACUGUUGAAGUGAAAGGUCCCUAUGAAUACCUCACGCUUGAAGAAUACCCACUGAUGAUUUUUUUCAUGGUGAUGUGUAUUGUAUAUGUCCUGUUUGGUGUUCUGUGGCUGGCAUGGUCUGCUUGCUAUUGGAGAGAUCUCCUGAGAAUUCAGUUUUGGAUUGGUGCUGUCAUCUUUCUGGGAAUGCUUGAGAAAGCUGUCUUCUAUGCAGAAUUUCAAAACAUCCGAUACAAAGGAGAAUCUGUCCAGGGUGCCCUAAUCCUUGCAGAGCUGCUUUCUGCAGUUAAACGCUCACUGGCUCGAACCCUGGUCAUCAUAGUCAGUCUGGGAUAUGGCAUAGUCAAGCCUCGCCUUGGAGUUACUCUUCACAAGGUUGUGGUAGCAGGGGCCCUUUAUCUUUUGUUCUCUGGCAUGGAAGGGGUCCUCAGAGUUACUGGGGCCCAGACUGAUCUUGCUUCCUUGGCCUUUAUCCCCUUGGCUUUCCUAGACACUGCCCUUUGCUGGUGGAUAUUUAUUAGCCUGACUCAAACAAUGAAGCUACUAAAACUUAGGAGGAACAUCGUAAAACUCUCUUUGUAUCGACAUUUCACCAACACACUUAUCUUGGCAGUGGCAGCAUCUAUCGUGUUUAUCAUCUGGACAACCAUGAAGUUCAGGAUAGUAACUUGUCAGUCGGAUUGGCGGGAGCUGUGGGUGGAUGAUGCCAUCUGGCGGUUGUUAUUCUCCAUGAUCCUCUUUGUCAUCAUGGUUCUCUGGCGACCAUCCGCGAAUAACCAAAGGUUUGCCUUUUCACCAUUGUCUGAGGAAGAGGAGGAGGAUGAACAAAAGGAACCUAUGCUGAAAGAAAGCUUUGAAGGGAUGAAAAUGAGAAGUACCAAACAAGAACCAAAUGGAAAUAGUAAAGUAAAUAAAGCACAGGAAGAUGAUUUAAAGUGGGUAGAAGAAAAUGUUCCUUCUUCUGUGACAGAUGUAGCACUUCCAGCCCUUCUGGAUUCAGAUGAGGAACGAAUGAUCACACACUUUGAAAGGUCCAAAAUGGAGUAAAGAAUGGGAAGAUUUGCAGCUGAGGAUGGCUAGGACCUGGAAAGAGAUCAGCUUCUAUGUUAGUCACUGCACUGCUCCAUGGGAUUAAAGGAGGCAAUGACAUCUUGAUCUGUUCCUUGAUCUUUGUGCAUUGGAGCUGGCAAGAGGUGUUGGAACAAGGAGAACAUUCUCUUGAAAACAAGUUCAUAGGAUGAAAAGAAUCUACAAGUUUUUUAUUUGCAGCAUUGGUGCCCCUUUCCCUCCCACACCCUGACAUGGAUGUUUAUGCAACUUGUGUAUGUUGUUCCUAAACCUUCUAUAAUGUUUAAAUUGUUUAAUCUGUCAAACUAAAAAAUUUAACGUCCUCUGAAGAACUGUGACAUCACGCCAUAAUAUGUAAUAUCCAGGAGCAACUGCCUGUAAUUUUUAUUUAUUUAGGGAAUUACAUAGGUGAUGGGUGAAAUUGUUAAUUAUCGUUGGAUUUCCUGGGAAGACAAGGUUAAAUCUUGCAGAGGUAGUUUAGAGGAAAAAAAAAAGGAAAAAAAAAAGUCCUGCGUUAAGGAGCCACAGUUCUAUCAGUGAUUAAAAGAGCAACAACAAACAACAGAGGGAGAGAGAGACUGUUACAGUGUGAUUUUAGAUCAUUUGAAGAAGCAAAAUCAAGUGCAAUUUUGUUUACAAAUGGUGUAUAUUAAAGAUUUUUCUAUUUCAGAUGUACUUUAGAGAGAAAUAUUAGCCUAACUCUUUUGACAUCUGCUAUGGUGACACAUCCCAUUGCUGGCAAUGUGGUGCACACUCCAGAACUUUUAACUACUGUUUUGUAAGCCUUCAAGGGCAGCAGUGUAGAGUCCUGGGCAGUGCUUUGUUUGCCUCCAUGCCUUUCACUGGGUGUUGCACUAGAUGCAGAAAGGCACUCCAUCAUAAGUGCAUGCGAGUGAGCACCCUGCUAAAGGGAUUAUAAUGCUUCAGAAGCAGGAGCUAAUAUAAAGGAAACAGGUCCUUCUUUGGUAAACAGUUUUUUCUGCAUGAAAUAAUGUGGAGGCCCUGGACUGCUGCUCAUUUUUUAGGAUUGUACUUGUAUCUGGUGUUGGCUUAGGGAUGGUUUAUAAGAAACAUCACAAGGUGAUGGGAUUCAUUUGAAGCACUAUUAUUUGUUCGAAUGAGUUUGUCCAAUUUUGCCUUCCCAAGAUUUUUGUUCUACAUAGAAAGUUCAUGCCACUUUUUAAUAUUAAAA